ACCUCAGAGGAAAGGACACUGAUAGGGGAUUUAACAGGCAGGGGACUUGAUCACUUGACAAACAGACAUUUAAAAAAUAAAGAAGGGAACACACAAGCAAAUAAAAAGGGCGUGCUUUGAGGCAGUGGGACCAGCAGCAGUGGGAGAGACUCACAUACUACAGCUCCUCUCAGCUUCUCCAGGAUCAGAGGAGGGAACUGUGUGGCUGCUCUUGUACCUCAGGGCCUUUUAAUAUGGACAAACCACAGCAGGAUCUGGAGGACUAACAGAGGGAAAGUUUAACAUACAGACACUGUAACCACUGAAAUUAGCUGUUAAGGGAAGCCAGAAGUCAGCAGCUUUUUUUGUUUUUUUCAGGAGGUUGGUAUAUAACGAAGACGCACAGAGGAAUCAGAUCAUCUGAUAUCUCACAAUUGAUUCUGACAUCAGAGUGUGCUGAUAAGAGCUCCUCAAGGUUACGUCUGGCUUACACACACACACUCUCACACACACAGUCUUUACUGUGCAGCUGGAAGAUCAAGAGUUUGUGUUGCACAUACCUGCACUGAGAGGACUGAGUGUGUGUGUGGUCUGAGGGACUCAGCUGGUCUGGGAAAACUGAGAGGCAGCCAACUCUAAGUGCUUUCGGCCAGAAGAAAAAGGAGACAAGUUCAUACUGCUGAGUGCUUCUCGUAGACCGCGGGCAGAGCCAAGGGAUAAUGAUGAAGAUGAAACGGACUCUGUGCAGAAUCUCCUGCUUGGUGACUUUGGUGGUGGAGCUGAGCUGGAUAAACGUGGGCCACAGUAUGCACAGAGAAGGAGGAAGUAAGGUUAUGAAGCAGUGGGAGAGGAAGGUGCGGUCAGCCUCCAGCCUGGAUGAACUGCUGAGGCUCGCAGACUUUCCCGACUGGAAGUUGUGGAAGUGUCGUCUGAGACUGCAGCAGCCGGAGACUCUCUCUUCUCCACCUUCAGUGGGCUCACAUCGCUCUACACGCUACGCUGCCGAAUCUUACAGCCUGGAGAUACUUAAAGCCAUAGAUGAAGAGUGGCAGCGGACUCAGUGCAUGCCGAGGGAAACAUGUGUGGACGUAGCCAAGGAGCUGGGCACCGACCCCUCGAUGUUCUUCAAGCCACCUUGUGUGUCCGUCCACAGGUGCAGUGGCUGCUGCAAUCAAGAGGGUGUCACCUGCAGAAACACGACGACUGUAUAUGUAAAUAAAACUGUCCUGAGUGUGAUUCCCUUCAAGUUUGUACCAGAGCCUGUGCUAAUAAAAGUAGCUAAUCAUACAGAGUGCCGGUGCAUGGAGCCCGCCAUAAUACGACGUAAUGCUCAACCUCACAGGAGCAGCGGCUGCUCUCCAAUGGGCCAGCUGUCAGAGGCAGAGGACUCCAGGAGACUUUGUGCCAGUGGGCUGAUUUGGGAUUGUUCAUCUGACAGAUGCAUACCUUAUCCAUCCACUGCAGAAGAGUUUCCGCUCAGUCCAUGGAUGCCUGACUGUGAGAUAGAUGUCGAGCGUUGUGACUGUCUUCCCAGACCCGUGUCUACUCCACAGCCGAGACUUAUCCAACGCUGUCAUCUCAACUCCUCCAUCUGCGCCCACAGGCAUCAACACUUCGAUCAAGCCUCCUGCAAAUGCAAAAGGCCCAAGUAGAUGUCUGCCGGGGAAACACAUUAUGACAACCUGCUCACCAAGGAUGUUUGGGGACAGAGAAAAAAGGCUCAUAAUUUAUUUACAGUUCUAUUUAUGCUGAUCACUUUAACUAAUUAAGAUAUUAACUCACAUGACCAUGUUAACUGAUUUUUUAACAUGCUUACCAUUUGUUUCAAUCAAUGUUUAAAGUUUAAGAUUUGUACUUUUG